UCUGAACUCGGACAUUGUGCACAAAACCCAUGCUGUCAGAAUUUUCCUUCUGAAGUGGGUUUGUUUUUGCCUGGAAAAUAGUGAUUUUUCUCGAGAAAUAUGAGGACGACACUAAUCAGGACAGUGAAACUGGGUCCCUCGGUGAAGGAGCUGCGACUGCAUCUAUGUCAGACUGGACCGGAAUCGAAGGGAGCACGGGAUUUUGUCCACACUCACUACACAAAGCUGAAGAAGGAGAAUCCCAAGCUGCCCAUCUUGGUUCGUGAGUGCAGCGGAGUACAGCCGCGACUAUGGGCGAGAUAUGAUCUAGGACAGGAAUCAUCUGUGGCUCUCACAAAUCUCAAAGGAGACGAUGUACUGAAGCAAGUGGAGGCACUGGGGCGCAAAUAGUCAAAAGGAUAGAGUCACCUAGUGUCCUGUAAAUACUAGCGAGUUCGUCACGGAAAAUAUAUUUGUUUCAUCUC